AGUGCACCAGCACAAAAUGAUACUGUUCCACUGGUUCCGCUAUUAAGAAAUGAUGCUUUAGAAAAACGUGCCGCUAGAGUAAUGCUAUCUGUUGUUCAACUGGCUGCUGCCCUUCGGUAA